AUGGAACCAGAAAGAAGAAUUACACGAGGCAUGAGUAGGGAUGGAGACAGGAUGGAGGAGAACGAGAGGAGAGCAUUGGAGGAGCUUAGCAGAGCAAUGGGGCAGGACCUUGGAGUGGAGGAUAGUGUGGGGGGAUCAAUUCAAGGAGAUGAGUUCGUUCCACCGGUGCCUUCUAACCCUCCUUCUCCUCCGUCUAAUGCUCUCCCACCUGUGGGAUCCCCACUUGGAUCAGACCAAACCCCACGCCCAAGAGAAAACACUGGAAGUACGGCGAACUUGGGAGAAGAAGGAACACAAGGGGUGGUGUUGGCCUUGAUGCAGAUGGUGGCGAAUAUGAACAAAGACAUGAUGGAGGAGAGAAGACGUAGGGAGGAAUGGGAACAGAGAAGAGAAAGGGAUACAAGGACGGAGAAGAAAGAAGAGAAGAAAUGGGAAAAGGGGCAACCUUCGGCGCAGGGUGGUGCCCAGGCGGCUAUGAGGUCGACGGUGGUAAAGAGUACACCGCCAAACAUCGACGAAGUUCGCCGAAGAUGGCCUAGGCCGAGCUCCGAUCUGAGGGAGACAAGGAGGAAGGAGGGGAAGUGUACCGAGUGUGGUGAAGCAGGACAUUGGCUGAAGGAAUGCCCUGUAAGGGAGGCUAAGGUUAAGGUUGGACUGUUGCCUCCAUGGGGGGAGAAGUUCGGAGAACGUGGUGGAGGAUCGGGAGGGAACGCAGUACCUCUCGGACAGAGGAGGAACUUGAAUGCGGUUGGAGGAGAAGUAGAUUUGGAAGAGGACCAGGGAAAAGAAGAGGACCUGUCGCAGUAG